AUGGACGGCCCUGCGCCGAACGAACACACGCCGCCGGUCGAUGGGCCCAUAAAGGCCAUCGCGGAGCCCGGCAUCAAAGCACCGCGCGAUUUUGCCUUGCAGCUUCGAAGAGACGUCGCAGAGUUGUUGCAGCGAAAUCAGAUUGGCUUCCCUGGCGCACAACCUGUCAGCUUUGCCCGCAAGCACCUCGCUGAGCUCCGCAGACAAGAUUACUUUGUCUGCGAAAAGUCCGAUGGCAUUCGAUACCUCCUCUAUCUAACCGAAGAGGCCGGCGCCGAGACGGUGUACCUCAUCGACCGCAAGAAUGAUUACUGGCGCGUCGAAAACCACAACCUUCACUUCCCAAUGAAGGACGAUGUUCAAGGGUGGCACACGCGCACAAUCAUCGAUGGCGAGCUGGUGCUUGACUUUGAGGAUGGCAAGCAGCGCAUUGCCUAUGUCAAGGACGGCAUCAUCCGCCCCUACACGAAGCUGUUCGACAACUAUCCCCAAGAACGCGCCUUCCAGCCCUUCGAUGUCGUCAUGAAGCAGAUGGAGUUCAGCUAUGGCAUCCCCAAGAUCUUCAACGUCGUCCUGCCGACCCUGAAGCACGGCAACGACGGCCUCAUCUUCACCUGCGUCCACACAAAAGUACCCAGCACGGCACCGAUAACCCACAUUCUCAAGUGGAAGCCGCCCGAGGAGAACACGGUCGACUGCCGCCUGCGCCUGCACUUCCCCACCGUGCAGCCCGAAGAUGUCGACAUGUUUGAGGGCGGCAGCGACGAGCCCUUUGUCGACUACGACAGCGUGCCCAAGGCGGAGCUGUGGAGUUUCCUCGGCAGCGGACGCGACGGCGGUAACUACGAGUACUUUGCCGACGUGCACAUUCGCGAGGACGAGUGGGAGACGCUCAAGGGGCUCGGCGACCCGCUCGUCGACCGCAUUGUCGAGUGCCACAAGGACGAAGAGGGCCGCUGGCGUAUCCUGCGGUUCCGCGACGACAAGUCCGAGGCUAACCACAUCUCGACCAUCACGAGCGUCAUGGAGAGCAUCGAGGACCGCGUCACGCAGCAGGACUUGGAGGCACAGGCGGGAGCGUUCAAGGAGAACUGGAAGCUCAGGGCCGCCAAACCGAAGGCUUGA